CUGGCCGUUCCGCCCGGCACGCACCAGCACUAACCCCACAUCAUCGUCAUCAUCGCCGCUGUGUUGAGCUUGGAGCCGUUGGCAAGCUCACCUCUCUCCCUGCUCGAUCUUUUAAUGGAGGGAUUAGCAUUUUGGCAGCAGGGACAUCGUGAUGAUUGAGGGUUUCAUCCGCUUUCUUUAACUCUGCGGCGUCCUUUGCCCUUGCCCUUGCGUGUGGGCCACCUCGGCUCUCCUCAGCAGCUAGCUCCUACUACUAAUCCUAUCCUCCACAAAUACCAGCUCCUAACCUCCUCCUAGCCACUGUUAGUUGUCAGCCUAUGCAGUAGCUGUGCUGGCGUUAGGACCUCUCUUGUUCAUCGUUUUUGUUGUGCCCAGUUGCUCUUCUUGUCCUUUUGCACCUCACCUUUCAUUCCUCUGCAUGGCAAGGGAUAUAAGCUCUCUGUCUGGUUGGGUGAGUGAGUGAAAUUUACCAAGCUGAAUCAUCGUCGCCCUCCUGUUCUUCUUUCGUUCUCCUCAGCAGUGUCAGCUCAUGGUACAGAGCAAGAACUCAUGAUAAGCGGGUUCAGCUGGCUCAUCAGUGUUAUUGGUGACUGAAGCCUAGCCCAGCAACCAUGGAGGACCCAGGACUAGAGGCGCUCAAGGAGAGAGGAUCCUGUGCAGAAACGCCAUCUUCUUAUCAGCAACACCGACACUCAAGAAGUGCUACAAGCACAUAUGCAAAUGUCCCUGACAUAUCCCCGCGACUCUCCGAUCACAUACCUACAACCAAUCGCAAUAAGAUGCUCCAUAAAAGAUAUUCGCUUAACCUCCCGGACCAAUUGCCGGAGUAUCGCAUCAUCACAACAGCAGAGAGAACUGAAAGAGCUAUUUCAAAGUCUGUUGCAGACUUGGCCUGGGAGAUAGCAGUCCUUGAGGAGGAAGUUGUUCGCAAGGAACUGCACCUGUUGUCCUUAUACAGAGCAGCAUUUGAUCAGUACCUCGGCGUCUCUCCUCGUGCUUCUGCUCAGGUGGAGCAAGAAUCGCAACUUCAACGCAGCAGAAAAACUGCUGACGAGGGCACCCUUCGCCUCAGAAAUAUCAAGGAGUCAGCAGCAUAUAACCUGCCAACACUUUCCGAUUCUAAACGCCAUACGCAGGAGCUAUCAAGAUCAUCUUCAGGGCGGUCUAGCCUUGCAAACUUCUUGAGUGCUUCUAUAACUGAAUAUGUGCCCAAGAUCUCCUGCAAACUUUCAGAGGACAUACUUAGGUGCAUUUCUGCUGUCUACUGCAAACUUGCAAGCAGGCCAUUGAAAGAGGCAAAUUCUGAGACAUCGUCCACUCCUUCUUUAUCAUCUGCAUCGAGUUCCUUUUCUCUGACGAACCCUGUCGAUAGUUGGAGCCCUCGGUGCCAUUACAAUGCUGAAACAACCUCUGACACCUAUGGUUCAUUUGAUGGGAGUAAUGGGCAAUACACUGGGAUGAUAAUUUUCCCAAGGAUACAUAUAGAUGAAGACAAAUUUGAAUAUGCCUCUAAAAUGCUGGAUACAAUCAGAACGCUGAUAAAACGUCUGGAGAAGAUUGAUCCUACAAAGAUGGCACAUGAAGAGCAACUCUGUUUUUGGAUUAAUAUCCACAAUGCUUUGGUUAUGCAUGCUUUCAUGGCUUAUGGGCUACAGGAAAAACGCAUGAAAAGUACUGACAUGAUUCUGAAGGCUGCUUAUAAUGUGGGCGGACAUUCAGUAAACUCCCAAAUUAUUCAGAACUCAAUUCUUGGAUGUCAGUCCCACCGCCCUUCACUGUGGGUUCGCACGCUGUUUACGCCAAUGAAAAAAUCAGGGAGCUCCAUACAUCCAUAUGCACUUCGUCAUCCAGAGCCGAUUGCUCACUUUGCUCUUUCCACAGGGGCAUUUUCAGAUCCACCAGUAAGGCUGUACACAGCCAAAAAAUUAUACCACCAACUGGAGCAAGCCAGGACUGAGUUCAUUCAAGCAAAUGUUAUGGUCAGGAAGCAGAUCAUCUUCCUACCCAAAGUUCUCCACUUCUAUGCGAAGGAUGCUGCACUAGAGUUGCCUGACCUGAUUGACAUGGUAUGUGAGAGCAUGCCUGAACUACAGCAAAAGGAGAUCAGACAAUAUCUUAGGAGGAGGAUUGACAAGUGUGUUGAGUGGUUGCCCUACAAAUCUUCUUUCAGAUACACUGUACAUAGGAGUUUGGCUGAGUAGAAACUAUUUUCCUCUAUAUAUGUGUGCUUGUAAGUAAUGAACCAAGGAAAACUGAUUUGUGCGACUGUAUAUAGGUGACUGUGACAAA